AUGACGGAAGUUGAAUUACCAAAUUUAAUACCUCAUGUACCUGAGGUACCAUCAGUUCCAUCUGAAUUUAAUUUGGAUGUAGACACUCCUUCGAAUGGUUCCGGUGUUGUUGCAGUACCUGUAAAUGAUCAUUCCGAUGAUACAAAAUUUGUUCGGAGGUCUCCUCCUAUUCAAUUAGAGUGGCACAAUUUAGAAUAUAAGGUGAAAGUGAAGCCAUCACCACCAUCACAAAUCAUGAAACCAAAAGAAAGAAUUGGAUUUUCGUUAAAGAAUUUUUUCAAGAAAGUGGAUAAGCAGAUUUUGCAUCCAAUGACUGGUUAUGUUGCUCCUGGUCAAGUGUUGGCUAUCAUGGGACCUAGCGGUGCUGGUAAAACAUCGUUAUUGAAUAUUUUGUCACAAAGAGUUAAGCCAUCUGGAGGAGACAUUAUUGCCAACGGUAGCAAAGCCGGUAAAGCAUUUCGAGCUCUUUCAGCAUUUGUGCAACAAGACGACGUGCUCAUGGGCAACUUGACCGUCAGAGAAACAUUGAGAUAUGCAGCCAUGUUACGUCUUGACAGUAAAAUUCCAAUGUCAGAAAGAAUGAGAAGAGUCGACACCAUUAUUGAAGAGCUGGGUUUGUCAAAGUCAGCCGAUACUAAAGUCGGAAUUAGUGGUAUCGUGAAAGGUAUUUCUGGAGGAGAAAGAAAGAGAUUGUGUAUUGGUAUUGAAUUACUUACUGAGCCAUCUGUUUUGUUUCUUGACGAACCAACAACUGGAUUGGACAGCAAGACAAGCUAUAACGUCAUGAAAACUAUUUCAAAAUUGGCAAAGCAUGGCAGAACUGUGAUUCUUACCAUCCACCAACCUUCCUCAAACAUCUUUAACACUUUUGACAAACUCUUGCUUCUCUCUCGAGGUAGAGUCGCUUAUUUUGGAGAUGCCAACAAAGCUGUUGAGUAUUUUGACAGAAUCGGACAUACUUGUCCAACGGGCUACAACCCAGCCGAUUAUCUUAUGGACGUCGUAACUGAGAAUGCAGCAAUUACAGGUGAAAACAUGGAAAAGAAAAAGAGACAAAACGAAAGAAUUGAGGGAGUUUUGAAUUAUUAUUCCAAAACUAAUCCUACUAUUGAAAUUCCUCCAUCAGCCAAGCUGGAUCAAGAUUUGAAACGAUUCUCUUCGUACAACUCAAGUUGGUUUGCUCAAUUUGCAGUUCUAACCAUGCGAGCUCUUAUUAACAUUAUCAGAGAUCGAAAGGUAACCAUGGCAAAGCUAUUCCAAAACUUAACCAUGUCUCUUUUAAUUGGUCUCAUUUUCCUUCAACUUGGAUAUUCCCAAACUAACGUACAAGACAGAAUAGGUGUACUGUUCUUUAUUUGUACUAACCAAUUUUUGAACUCUGCCAUGUCUUCAAUUACCUUAAUGUAUGAUGAAAAACCAAUCUUCCUUAGAGAACGAGGUGCGAAAAUGUAUAAGGUUUCAAGUUACUUUAUGGCAAGAAACGUUGCUGAACUCCCAACUCUAUUUUUCUUCCCUCUGCUGUUUGGAUGUAUAACCUAUUGGAUGUGUGGCCUUAAUCCAACUGUGGAACGAUUUUUCAUGUUUAUGUUUAUAUUAGCAGUCAUCACCAUUACAGGUCAAUCUUUAGGUCAAGCUAUUGGAUCCCUUCUUCCUAACUUUGGAGUUGCAAUGGCUAUCAUUCCUCUCGUAAAUACUGUACUCAUGCUUUUCGGUGGUUUCUACAGAAAUGUGAACAAUCUUCCAGUCUGGUUGACAUGGAUUUAUUGGACCUCUCUCUUCCACUUUGGAUUUGAAGCGUUGGUCCUUAAUGAAUUCCAAGGAGCGACAUUUAUUUGCCCACCCAGUGGAGCUUGUCCUUUCCCAACCGGUGCAGCAGUGAUUGAGAAUUUGGAAAUGAAUGGCCCACUUUCACAUGUGUGGAUCAAUGUUGGUUUUUGUUUUGCAUUAACAUUUGUGUAUAAGGUUGUUGCCUACUUGUCAAUGAGAUUCCUUGUGAAACCAAAAGGAGGAUAA